CGCUGGUAUCUUCAUUCCUCUCUCCUUCUUCUCUCUAGAACUCGAAAUUUCGCUGCUUAUUCCCCUUUUUGUUUCCGAGUUUAAUUUGUAUCUUCAUUUUCUAAUCCAAUAUAUACCUAAUUUCAAUUUUUUUCGAAAUUAUCGAUAAUUAUUCUUCUCGAUUGAAAUGAUAUUGGCUUCCGAAAUUGGGUUUACGUUGUCACUCCUAUUUUGCUUUUUUCUAAAUUUCUGCUGUAUGAUUGUUGAUUAUAUUUCUAUUGGAGUUCGGAUGAAUUACUGAAGGGUGAGAAUUGUAGUACCCUGAGUUGAUUUCGAUCUAGGGUUUCUUCUGGGAUCAUUAUUUCGGGGAUAAAUCAGAUCGAUUUGUUUUAGUUUUAAAUUUAAUUUUUUUUUUGGUUUGGGAAUAGAAGCUCGUGGAUGAAAAUUUUGGGGCUUUAGGUUUUUUUGAUUUCUAAUUAGCAUAUUUGAUUAGGCUAAUAUGGAGUUGGAAAUAAAUUGAGAAUCUUUAUCAUUUGAUUUGCUGGUUUGACAUUUUUCCAGAAACAAAUUAUUGAGGAAAUAUUGAUCUUGCCGUUUUGGGGAGAUUGCUUGGUUUACAGCUGAUGCAGUAUUAAAUUACUGGUCAGUUACUGUUCAGAACUUGAUAUAGAAAUCAUUUAUUUAGGGGAUUCUUUUGUCUCGUUUGUUUUGAGAAAGAUCGGAAGAGGAAGUGUAUAUUUGACAAUCUGAAAAAAUAGAUGGCAAGGGGAGGUGAAAUUGGGCACAAGCGGAAGAUCAAGAACAAGGUCCAGUUGGAGAAGAAAGGUUCGGAUGAGUCUGAUGAAGAUUAUAAGGUGGAAGAAGAUGAGGCGAUUAAUGUGUCGGAGGAUGAGUAUUGUUCUUCCCUUGCCGAUGAUGAUACAGAAGAGAGUUUAGGGGCUUUUGAGGAGGAGUGGGUAGAGAAGAAGGUUAAAAAGGUCACUAGGCCUAGAGGACGAAAGCGUUCUCAGACGAGAAAGAAAAAUGGGGUUGUAAAGCCCAAAAGGAAAAAGGUGGCUUACAGUGAAGAAGAAGAAGAGGAAGAAGAAGAAGAGGAAGAAGAAGAGGAGGAGGAGGAGGAGGAGGAGGAGGAAGAAGAAGAAGAAGAAGAAGAAGAAGAGGAGGAAGAAGAAGAGGAAGAAUACGACGAAUAUAAUCGUUCUGGUGCUACGCAACAAAAGAGAAAUAAGGCAUCACUUAAAGAAGAGAAAGAUGAUGAUAUCGAGUCUCUAUAUAGACAAGGAGAUGAAGAAUUCGUUGAUGUAAACGCGAGAAAGAGAUCCCGGAUUUCAAGAAAGAGAUCUCGGGUUUCAAGAACAGAGUUAAGCAAGGAUUCUUAUAACGAGAUUCCUAGAAAGAAAGAUAAAGUUUCGUAUGUAGAAGAAAAGGAAGAUGGUGAUAAUGAUGAUUCUGAUGACAAGGACGAUGAGGAAUUUACUCCAGGUGAGGAGGUUCUGAAGACAACAAGAAGAAAGCCAGUUAAGAAAUGGGGUUUGAGGAGAAAAGAAAGAUCUAAUCUCACUAAGGAGUUACCACACGAGAACCCUACUUCACGGAAAAAGAAAAUGAUAGGGGGGCGACGACGGGGUUGUGGUGGUAGAAAGAGGAAAUAUGUUGUGAACUCUGAUUCAGAUUUUGUAAGCUCAGGAUCUUCUGAUUAUGAAUACACCGUCUCGGAAGAAGAGAUUGAACAGGUUAGAGAUGCUACUCAAUUCUGCAAAAGGUCGAGGAAUUCAACUUCUUUGAAGACUGUUAAAGAGGAAGAAUUGUUGCAGCCUCCGAAACCGAAACGCCCACUGGUGAGGAAAGGCAAGCAAAAGGUGGUAGACAUGAAGAUUGAGUUAGGGAAGCAGGUUUGCGGGAUUUGUCUAUCGGAAGAGGGGAAGAGAACCGUUAGAGGAGUUUUAAAUUGUUGCAGCCAUCAUUUUUGUUUCACUUGCAUCAUGGAAUGGUCCAAGGUGGAAUCUCGUUGUCCCCUUUGCAAGCAAAGGUUUGCAACUAUCAGUAGAACUGCUGGGAAUGAAUUAACCGACGCAGUUUUUCCAGUUCCCCAACGUGAUCAGGUUUAUCAGCCAUCUGAAGAGGAGCUGAGGGGGUAUCUUGAUCCGUACGAGAAUGUUCUUUGCUCAGAGUGCCAGCAAGGCGGGGACGAUGCACUUAUGCUACUGUGUGAUCUUUGUGACUCACCCGCACACACUUACUGCGUUGGUUUAGGACACGAAGUACCCGAUGGAAAUUGGUACUGUGACGGUUGUAGGCCAACAGCUCUUGCAUCCUCAAAUGGACAACCGUUGAAUCCUAAUAUUCAUGAUAAUAAUAAUAUUAAUAUUAAUGUAGGAACUAACAACAAUUUGUCUGUUGGUUCAUCUCCCAUUGCUUCUGUUCGUGAAACUUUCGAUCUGAACGAGGAAUAUGUGCCCGAAACACCAUUAUUGACUCAAGGGACUAAUAAUAAUGUGCACUUUCAAGCUACUUCGCCCACUUCCGGACAGGGAGCAUUCACUCUGCAAGAAAGACGAAGGAUACAGAGACAGAUACAAUACCUUCUUAAUAAUAGGAGUCGGCAGUCAGACAGGAGUUUUGGUGCGGGCCCAGCUUCAGAGAUCAGUCUUUUCGGUUCUCCUAUUGGUCAAGACGGUGUCGUGCGAGCGAGGACUGGCCCACAAAAUGUAUAUUUGCAGGGAAGAUUACAAGAUUAUAAUACCGUACCGCCUUCACUGUAUAACAACAGCGAAGUUUUUUCUCGAAGAGUAAGCAGUUUGAGAGGGGAAGCACUUCCGAGUCAAGCUUCUACGUCGACGGAUCACUCUUAUGGUGGACUAUCACUACCAAGUGAGUUCAGUGGGUUUAAUGGGAGGAUUGGUGGAGGUUUGGGCCAUAAUCAACAACUCCAUCCUUGCAAUGGCACAUCAAACACAUUGCCGUAUCAAUUUAGAUAGGGCAGAGUAACUUGUUCAAGGAAACCUUCCUUUACACACACAAUUUUAGCAGCUGAUGUCCAAUUGAAGCAGCUCUGGUCGGAGAAAACAAAGUAGUCUCGUCUCGUCUCGUCUUUUUUUGCAAAGUAUUUGCUGUGGCUCAACAUUCUUUUCAGUCAGCACACUCGGAUGGGGGGGCGACUGAACCCAGCCCUUUUUGCUAGACUGAGAUUUGACUUGAUUUUGUUAUUGACUAACACAAGUAGACUAGGGUUUCUACCAAUGGGGUCGUAUACACUUUCCCUUGCUAUUUAUUCGGGUUUUUUAUACUUUCGAACUCGCCCGUGUUAAGGGUUUGCCAAUCUUGUAAAAAAAAAGUACUUCUCAGUCGUCCUCGACAUUAUUGAUAAUUGAUGCUAGCACAUUGCAGAGCAUUAAUUUCAAUUAAUAAAAAUAGAUUCGUUAAUCUGC